AUGUGGAAUAAAUAUUUGUUGUUACUUGUGUGCAUUGCCCUAUGUAUCCAAGGGCGUCCACCUACCAAAGUUAACAAAAAAGGGACUGUAAGAAGUUUUAAAAAAAAAAUAGGUAGAUAUGCUAAAAAUUACAAACAAUCAUAUCUAUUAAAAGAAGAUGGAGUAUUAGGAAAUUAUAAAAUAGAUGCUUAUGUUCAUUGUGAUCCUGAUUUUGAAAAAGAAUUUAAAUGGAACUUAUAUAAAAAUAGUCAUAAAGCUAAUGAUUUUUCUUUAAGGCGAUGUCAAUUGAGAAGGAAAUUUAAUAAAAUGUAUGAUGAUGAAAGUUUUUCAGUUAAAAAAUUUUUUUCGGAUGCAAAUAUAAUAUAUCAACAAUUUGUUCGUAAAUAUUCUACCUAUAAACUUAACGUAACUCUCAAAAAAAAUCAUCGUAUAGAAAUAGAAAAAAAGAAAGAUUUAUCAAAUUCAAUUAUGAACUCUUUAAGUAGUUUGGUUGUUACUAAAAAAACACAAUUUACGUCAGAUAUUCCUAGAUGGAGAUUAAGUUUUAAUUAUAUUACAGGAAAAAAAAGAUUAAUUAUAAUUGAUCCUAAACAUUUACCCGGAGUAAAUAUGCGCAUAUUUUAUGUUAUAGUUAGCUAUCGAAGGUAUUACUCACGAUUGUUUAAUACCAUUGGUGAUAUAUACAUCCAAUUUGAGGGAGAAUUUAAAAAACAUAAAGUGGGAUAUUUCACUAUGAAUCCAAUGUAA